AUGAAUCCAUUUUUGGAUGAAAAUGAAUUACUGCGUGUUGGUGGACGAUUAAGCUUUUCGGAAGCCAGUUAUGACCAAAAACAUCCGUUCAUUCUGCCGAAAGAAAGCCAUUUCAGCAAAUUGGUUAUCCAACAUCAUCAUCAACUUGCAUUGCAUGCCGGCGUACAACUCACCUUGGCUGAAAUUAGACAGAAAUAUUGGAUACUCGGCGGAAGAAAUCCACAUCGAUCAGUGAUAACCAACUGUGUCACAUGCUUUCGAAACAAGCCUAAAACAGCGAGCCAGUUAAUGUCCAACUUACCGGCUGUCCGUGUUACACCAUGUCAACGGCCUUUUCUACAUACGGGAGUUGAUUUGUGUGGACCCAUUUUGCUGAGAACUUCAAAGAAGCCAGGUAGCAGAAUUUACAAAGGAUACGUGGUUUUAUUUGUGUGCAUGACCAUCAAAGCUGUUCACUUGGAACCCGUAAUCGAUCUAUCAUCAGAAGCAUUUUCAAUGAGUUUCCAGAGAUUCAUUGCUCGACGAGGUAAAUGCAGUGAUCUCUACUCAGAUCGAUGUACAAAUUUCAUUGGUGCACGCACGAUGCUUCGAAAAGACGAAGAAGUCCGAUGA